AGCCGGGACUGGGAGCCGGAGCCGGGACUGGGGACCAAGGCGCGUCCAGGACUGACCCGGAGAUUCCCCCCUCGUCGCCGCUGUGCGUGUCCCCCCUCCUCGGGCAGCGGGUAUGGAGAGGCGGGAGCGGCUGUGGCCUGUGCUCGGGGUGCUCCACGCCUUCCUGAGCGUGUGUCAGCCUCACCCGGAGCCGUGCCACAUCCUGAGCCGGGUCGGACACACGGUGCGCCUGGGCGCGGUGCUGCCGGAGCCGCGGGCCGCCGAGCUGCAACAGGCGCUGGUGGAAGCCGCCGACUCGGCGCUGGGGCGCCACCUCCUGCCCUACAACCUGAGCCUGGAGAUAGUGACGGGCCAGCCGUGGAGCCCCGACCCCCAGUCGCUGCUGCAGUCCAUCUGCCAGUCCAUCGUGGUCCGGGGAGUGGCCGCUGUGCUCGCCUUCCCGCAGUCCACCGAGCAGCUCGCCCAGUUGGACCUCCUGUCGGCUUUCUUGGAGAUGCCCAUCGUCAGUAUCUUGGAGCGGGGAGAGGGGCUGAGAACGCAGAACCCGUUGCAUCUGCAGAUGAGCAUGGAGAGCUCGAUGACUUCCCUCAUGGAACUGCUCAUCAGUGUCUUGAAGACCAAUGCCUGGUAUGAUGUCAGCGUGAUUUUGUGCCACAGUUGGGAUAUCUCCAGUUUGCUCACCUACCUAAGCAACAACUCCAACUUCCACCUGCGGGCUCUGCUCAACCUCACCGACAUGGAUGAUGCGGGCAUCGUUCAGUUUUUACACGAGAGUUUGAACGAUCUGAAGGACUCGUCCACGUCCGUCUUGAUGUUCAGCAGCGACGCCAAAUGCUUGGACUUUGUCUUCAAGGCGGCGGCCUGGUUGGGUUUGACGAGCCCGGACUUUCACUGGGUCAUCGGCCACCCGCUCAACAUCGAGGACCUGCAGACUGCGGACCUCCCCCUGGGUCUGCUCGCGUACGGCGAGGUGAACAAGCCGGUGCUGGGAAGCUACGUGAGGGAUGCGGUGGAGCUGAUCGCCCGAGCCAUCUCAACGGCAGUGUUUGUCGAACCCGACACGACACUCAUACAGAGCAUGGUGAACUGUUACGACAAGCAGAUUGAAGGGAAGAUGUCUUCAGGUCAAUAUCUUUCCAGGUUUUUGGCAAACGCGUCGUUUGAAGGAGUGACGGGCUACGUCCAGGUGCAGGAGACAUCGCACAUUCACAGCAGCCAUCGCUACCACAUCUGGAACCUACGACAGGACCCGCUAGGAAAACCCACCUGGGUCAGAGUGGGCAAGUGGAACCAAGAGAAGAUAGAGAUCGAGCAGGGGAUUUGGCCCAACAGAAUACAACGUGAGAUGAACGAAGUCGGUGGUUCCUCGAACAUCAAGCUGCGGGUGGUCACCUUGGUGGAGUUGCCCUUUGUCUUCACCAGGGAGGUUGACCAGGACGGCAAUUGUCCAGCCGGCCACUUGUGCCUGGACCCUCACACCAAUGACCCCGCUGCGCUGGCGCAGAUGUUCGAGGAGCUGAACAACGAGAACGGGUCGGUGUCGACCGAGUACAAGAAGUGUUGCUACGGUUACUGCAUGGACCUCCUGGAGCAGCUCUCCGACGACCUGGGCUUCGACUUUGACCUGUACAUCGUGGGCGACGGCAAGUACGGCGCCUGGAAGAACGGCCGGUGGACGGGGCUGGUGGGUGACCUCCUCAGCGGGGCCGCGCACAUGGCCGUCACCUCCUUCAGCAUCAACUCGGCGCGCAGCAGGGUGAUCGACUUCACCAGCCCCUUCUACUCCACCAGCCUGGGGAUCCUGGUGCGCUCCAGGGAUACAGCCGCCCCCAUCGGAGCCUUCAUGUGGCCCCUCCACUGGACCAUGUGGGUCGGCAUCUUUGUGGCUCUCCACAUCACCGCCCUCUUCCUCACCCUUUACGAGUGGAAGAGCCCCUUCGGAAUGACUCCCAACGGCAGGAACAGAAUCAAAGUGUUCUCCUACUCGUCAGCGCUCAACUUGUGUUACGCCAUCCUCUUUGGACGCACGGUUGCCAGCAAGACGCCCAAAUGCUGGACCGGCCGUUUCCUCAUGAACCUCUGGGCCAUAUUCUGCCUCCUGGUCCUGUCCAGCUACACCGCGAACCUGGCCGCUGUCAUGGUGGGAGAGAAAACCUUCGAUAAACUUUCUGGGAUUCACGAUGAUAAGCUUCACCACCCGUCGCAGGGUUUCCACUUUGGGACGGUUCGAGAGAGCAGCGCGGAGGACUACAUGAAGAAGAGCUUCCCCGAGAUGCACGAGUACACGAGAUGGUUCAACGUCCCAACGACACUCGACGGGGUGGCCCACCUGAUGACUGACCCAUCGAAGCUGGAUGCAUUCAUCAUGGACAAGGCACUGCUGGACUAUGAGGUGUCCAUUGAUGCUGAUUGCAAGCUGGUAACAGUGGGCAAGCCGUUUGCAAUUGAAGGUUAUGGAAUCGGGCUGCCACAUAACUUUGGGCUAAAUUCGAACAUUUCUGAAUUGAUCAGCCGCUACAAAUCUGACGGAUUCAUGGACAUGUUGCACGACAAGUGGUACAAGGUCGUUCCGUGCGGAAAACGGACCUUUGAAGUGACAGAGACGUUACAGAUGGGAAUCAAACAUUUCUCAGGGCUCUUUGUGUUGCUCUGCCUGGGCUUUGCUGGAUCGCUACUGGCAAUAGUUGGGGAGCAUAUUGUCUACAGGCUGGUUCUCCCAAGGAUGAGGAAACGGAAACGAUUUAAGUACUGGCUCCACACAAGCCAGAAAAUCCACCGUGUUUUAAAUAUGACCUUUGAAGAGCAGAAAGUGAAGACAGAUAAAAGAUGUAACCUGCAGAAGGUCCAGAAGGUGAUCCCCACCACGACACGGAUAACUGCCCAGACCCGGUGGAACAACCAGAGACGUAUCAUUGUCAAGGACAACACAAAAAGCCAGACCGAGCCGGGGGGCCACUACGCACUGCAAUCAGAGAAAGACUCAUCUGGUGUCAUCUGUGAGAACGGAGGAACUGACUACUGUCCGCAGAAGGGGAAGAAUGCACAUGAUAAUGAAAUAAAAGAACUGGAGCAAAGGAUACAAGCAAUAAAAGAGCAGCUCCGGAUUGCCUUGAAGAAGAGGGAUGAAUUGGCCUCUUCCGUCGAGCUGACUAAAGCCGAUCACCAGACUCCUGCAGACACUGGCACCAAAGCAAACAAUGACAGGAGGUGAUGGCAGCAUUGACUGUAUACAUGAACCUUUGGACUGGGGUAUACAACAAGUGGCUGCUCUCUUCAACCGACCAUUUGGAAUCCAUAAAAGCACAUUUCAAAAACACCUUUGCUGCAUGAGCAUUAAUUGCCAAGUAUUGUUGAUGAUGUGAAAGUAAACGUCAACAAGAGCAGUUUUGUUUCACUCGCACAUGAAGUCAGGUGCUUUCACUAAAACCCAAGAUGGAUGCAGUCCUUUGAAAAAAAUCAACAAUAAAAGACUUUGUAAAUGUAUUUAAAAUGUGCAUAACAUUGUAGAUGAAUUGAAGGAAAUCUAUUUCACCAGCAUCAGACUUAGAUGGGAGAAUGGCGACAGAAAGAUUAUUUUGGAAUUCCAAUAGAGAUAUAUAUAUAUAUAUAUAUAUAUAGAUGAGAAGCAUUGAUUUGCUGCUAGCCUCAGACAAUCGCUGUUGCUAAAUAUAAUGUUUCAGAUAAUCAAUAUAUUUUUCUUUGCUGUUAUAAAGUCAAUGUGUUUGGUUGCAACGGACAUUAAAAAGCAUCACCUUGGUCAUUAAGUGUUGCAACAUUAGCAGGACUGUUUUGUCGAAAAUAAGACCUACCAUACUAUUACCCGCCACAUUAUUUUUUCCGCAGGCUUUCUGAACUGGAAAUUUUUACCUUUUUAGUUGUUACUCUUAUUUUUAGCAGGAAGCAGGCCCUUCGGCCCACCGAUCCCGUGCUGACCAGCAAAAACCCGUACACUACUUCUAACCUACACACUAGGACAAUUUACAGAAGCCAAUUCACCUACAAACCUGUAUUCUCUUUGGAAUGAGGUAGGAAACUGGAGCACCCGGAGAAAACCCACGGUCUCAGGAAGAAUGCAACAAUCUCCGCACAGACAGCACCCGUAGUCAGGAUUGAACCCGGUUCUUUGACGCUCUAAGGCAGCAACUCUACCACCCACCGUCUGAAAUUAUCUUCCUUCGGCAAACUUGCCGUCUCCAGUAAAUUCAACGAUGAUAUCGCUAGUUUCAUCUCAUCUUUUAAAAUGUUUCCUUCUUCUGAGCGUUACAGUUUUUCUUAGAGGAAAGAAAACAGGUGUUUAAAGAUAACACCACACAGAUACUUUCCCGCAAUUAUGAAGAAGUUGGAUCACGUAAUGCUGUAAUUCAAGCAAACAUUCACUACCUGAUUGCUUAAUACAUUCAGGUAAUGAAUGCAAAUUUGAUUACAUUGCAUAGGCAAUCAUCUUCAGUAGAAAUUAUGCCAAUUAUAAAAUUAAACCCUGUAUUUCUUGACAUUAUCAUUGCCACUACGUCCAACACUGACUUUAUUUAGUUUAGUUUACUUUAGAGAUACAGUGCAGAAACAGGCCCUUCGGCCCACCGAGUCCGCACCAACCAGCGAUCCCCACACAUUAACAUUAUCCUACACACUGUCAGGAUCAUUUUACACUUAUACCAAGCUAGUUACCUACAUACCUGUAUGUCUGGAGCAUGGGAGGAAACUGAAGAUCUU